UUUUUAUUUGGUUUUCUACGCCUAAUAUUUAUUUUCUCUCUCUCGAGAUUAAAUUCAAAUUCAUAUUUCAAUUUUGUUGAUCUGUUUUUUGAUAAAUUACAGCCAUCGAUUGCUACUCGUCAUGGCCACCACUGCAAACAAGAAUAUCAAUGCUAAAUUGGUGCUACUCGGGGAUGUUGGUGCAGGAAAGUCCAGUCUUGUACUGCGUUUUGUUAAAGGACAGUUUGUUGAGUUCCAGGAAUCAACCAUAGGUGCUGCCUUUUUCUCGCAAACAUUGGCUGUCAAUGAUGCAACUGUAAAAUUUGAGAUUUGGGACACAGCAGGUCAGGAGAGAUACCACAGCUUAGCUCCAAUGUACUACAGGGGAGCUGCAGCAGCAAUUAUUGUGUAUGAUAUAUCUAAUCAGGCCUCAUUUGAGCGAGCCAAAAAAUGGGUUCAAGAACUUCAGGCACAAGGCAACCCAAAUAUGGUUAUGGCACUUGCGGGGAACAAAGCUGAUUUGCUGGAUGCAAGGAAGGUUGCUGCCGAGGAAGCACAAGUUUAUGCUCAGGAGAAUGGCCUUUUCUUUAUGGAAACGUCAGCGAAAACUGCAACCAAUGUCAAUGACAUUUUCUAUGAAAUAGCAAAAAGACUAUCUCAAGUACAGCCAGCGCCAAACCCUUCUGGAAUGGUUAUCAUGGAUAGACCUACAGAAAGGACAGCUAGUGCAGCUUGCUGCUCAUAAAAAUACCUAGUGGCAGUGAUAUUGCUGCGUGUCUGCAUGUCUUCUUAGCAGUUAUUGUGAUGCUCACCGGAUAUCUGUGUUUUGAUAUUCUAGCUCGUCGACUGUGUAUUCCUCAUAAAGAAUUUGUUAAAAAUUGUACAUGCACGCUUCCUUUUCAACCACUGAAAUGGAAUUGUAGUGGCUUCUCGUGUAAUGAAAUGGUGUGUGGCAUUAUCUUUCACAAUCUAUUGAAAUUUGAGCGGUCUCUGAUA